ACGCGCACACACACACGCCCUUCUGCGCGCAACAGGUAACAGAACCAGGAAGCGCUCGUGCCUUUGGAUACAUUCAAUUCAACAUGCAGUAUCCGAAGAUUUUAUCCAAAAAAGGACGUUUUUAAAUACAUGUUUUAUUUUGGGAAAGUUUAGGAGCAAUUUCGGACAAGGAUGGGCUCGUGUUUGGUUGCUGUUUUUAUUGGACUGGUUUUAAUGCAAGUUCACACCUACUCAGAGUGUUAUCAACUAGAUGUGAAACCUGAUAGUGGCACUGUAGUAAUCUUCAGAAGAAAGGCUGAUCAGGCUUCAGACUGUAGUGUAUGUACGGGUGAAGGUUCAUCUCAGAACUGUGGUUCAGAACUGAGACUUAAAGGUCCUGCGGUCGCCACCGUAAACUUCAACUGCACCCAGCCGGGAGACGUCUAUACUGUGGAGAUCAAUCAGGACAUCGAUUGCGCGUCAAAAUCUUGCAAAAACAUUAAUCCCGUGCAUCCGGAUUCAACACGCUUCCUGAACUUUACCAGAACCUUCACAUGGGAUGUAAAGGUUCAGCCAACCCAGAUGGUCCAGCUGGAUUUCCCAGCUCCAGGAAUGAGGCAGAUCAAACCCUCAGAACAAUGUUUGAACAAGCAUACUUACACCAUUAUUUCCUACCAGCGCACAGGACCCAUCACCAUCGGCACAUUUUGUCGGAAUGGUACAGUCAAUCGUAUCCAGAUCUCGUACAGGGGACGUGUAUCUCUGGAGGUUGCCAAAGGCACAGACCUGAGCCCGUCUGACUUCAAAGUGUCCGUCGGAUCAGAUACAAAUGCAUUGUUUGAAGUGGACGCCAAGCUGCCCAGAGGAGAGUCGUCUGAAAACUUCUUUACACCAAACUACGCUACAGGCUUUUUCAGGAAAUACAAAAUAAAAUGGAAUUUUGCCAUUGAGCCCUUGCAUAAUUUUACGGUUAAAUAUGUUGAAAAAACCGAGCCUGAAUGUGAAACAGGAGCUGUCUCACUUGACUAUUUCUUUGACGACACGACUGUGAUUACAAGGACUUUAAAGGAGGACCCACCGGUCAAUAAACUGGGAAGUUUCGACGUGACUCUGGACAGCUGUGAUGCAAAGAAAAAUCUUGCUGGUCUUCUUUUAAACUUCGAAGUGUCCGUGUUCAGAGGUGGAAUUCCAAGUCUCUGUACCGUGGAUCUUCAGAAAGAGGGAUUGAGUCUGCAAAUAGAAAAGAUAAACCCGCAGUCGUACUGUGAAAUGAAAAUGAAUUCUGUGGUGCAGGAGAAAAUCGUGGUACCCACGGGAAGCAAAGCUGAGUUGUCUUUCCUCGACUGCACCGCCGAAGAUCUCCAGCUGAUGGCCACCAAAACAAUCGACUGUUCUAGUGGUUCUGAGUGUGCUGUAGGCGGGACUGCAUUAACCAUACCAACACUGGACACUUGUCUUCCUGCUCCUCUUCAUCAGUUUACUUGGCUUCUUCGUGUACCGGAUCAAGGCUCAGUAGAUCUGACCUCACCUCUGGGAAACCUGCAUCAGUCUGUACCAGACAAAGAAUGCAAUGAAAAGAUUUCUCUCCUGGUCUCUGAGAAUAACGACUCUAACAUCGGCAAGUUUUGCUAUGUUGGAGAAGGCGCUAUCCAAAAAAUCCAGAUUAUUGGAAAUGCUUCCAUUACUGCAACACCCAAAACCCCAAAAGACCUGAGCCAGGACAACAUGCCUUCCUUAAAGGCCAUCCUUAAUCCACAAAUCUUAAAGAACACAGUCUGCAUAGUUUCACCACUGGUUAUGAGACCCACAUAUCUCGCGACGCCCAACUGGCCGGAUGGUAUGAUGCCAUCAUCCAGUGUGAAGUGGCUCGUGGCGGUUCCCGACGAUUACCAGGCGGACAUCGUGUUUGACGUCACUAAACCCAAGUGCGAUUCAGGCCACGCCGCAGUCGAGAUAGAGCCGUUUAUGUCGCAGGAGCCCAAGCCGCUGUCCUGGAAUGAGGAUCAAAAGAUACCAUCCACAAUCAUUCAACAACAAAGCUUCUACCUUAACAUGUACAAUUGUGAGCCUAAUAGCGGAAAAUUUGCUGUGCUUUCGAAGAUCACGCUGCAGAAAGAAACCAAGAAGAUUCUGGGAAUUAUCUUGGGAAUAGUCGGAGCUCUGCUUCUCUUGCUGAUCAUCGCAAUUAUUGCGAUUUGGUUUGUUCGAAAGAAAAAGAAACCUAGGGCCAACAGGUCCUCCAUCUUCAUGCCCAGAGGACAACCCUUCCUCCCGGGUAACGCCACCUUCCCUAAAACCAGAGCAGACAACGAGUCUCACGUUUACGCCUCCAUUGAGGACCCAGUGUCAUACGGAGGUCUUUUAAACAAGGACCAAACCAUGGUGGACGGUGACACCGGAGCCUGGACCAACGGACAUCAGGUGGACACGUACCAUCCGUUCACUGGACCCACAGACUCCGUGCCGGCGGCUCCUGAAUCUUCCCUUGAUAGAGGAGAUGGAAGAGCGGGGAACCAGGCCUAUCAGGCUUUCCUAAACCCAGCCAGCACCUUUAUUUCUCCGAGACCUCGUUCGCCGCUGAUAUCACAGAGCAGCUUGGGAUUCGAAGACCGCAGGAUGGCAAAAAAUGAGUUGAACACUUUUAAGGGCGCUGGAGAUUUAAAUCCCAUCCGUUUAUCCACUGAUGAAUCCAGAUUGCAACUGCAACCAGACUCCGAUUCGGAUUCGUUUGCUGAGCCUGAAUAUGAGGAGGCACCAUACUGAUGACUGUAGUAACUUCUGCAGGGACUACAUUAAAUCUGUCGGGUGAGCAAAGACCCAUCAGCAGUGAGUCAACAUGCAUGCACGCCCAGACAGUGUUUUUCUGCAAAGCUGAUGAGAAAUGUUGACCAAACUCUUUCUCUGCCAAAGUGGUCAACACUUGCAUUUUACGAUUUUAAAAGAUUUGUAUUUCAUUGCCUGAAUGUACAGAAAUAAUGCUCUUAUUGGAGCGGUUUGUGAACUGAAACCCCUCAGGGAAGUUUGGAAAGACCCUUCAGAUCUGUUUUGGACAUUUGUGUUUUAACAGUGGUGGUUUAACUUGCAUUGUAUUCUCAUUUAAAUCUUGCUAUUCUGUAUAUUUGCAUUGUGUGUUCUUAAAAUAAAAUGUCAGAUGUUUUAAUAUA